UUUGAAAGACCCGUCACUGUCCCUCUCUCUCCUCUUCCACUUUCUUCUCUCUCUGAAAACCUCCACAAUCUCCUCUCACUUUGUUUUUUAUUUGUUCGUGGUGGUCUGAACUAUGCCUGGGGUUUUGCUAUCACGGAUCUUCGGGAGCUCUGUACUGCCAUAAAACGUGGGGCUCUCUUCUUCUUCUUCAAAGAGAUAGUGAGAGUGAGAGAGAGAGAGGGAGCCUUUGUGUGCGAAUCUUUGGUUUCUAGAAAGUUUAUUGUGAGAAAAAGAGUUGUUUUAUGUGGUUUUGAGGGUUGGUAUUGCUUGUUUAUCUUGUUGUAUUUAUUGGACUGGGAGUGUAGGCCGAUUCCUCUGUUUUGAAGAUGACUUUGUUCGUUGAUUUCUUACACAACUGUUCAAGAUUAAGGACGAGUCAACAAGUUCUUGCUCUAAACUUUUGACUCUGAGCUACAGUGUCAUCAGUCUCAAAGGGCAGGUUUGAACUCUGUACACAUAGAGAGAGAGACAAUAAAGAGUUGUAAAGCUGACUGAGGGAUGGAUUUGUUGUACUUAAGGAAGUUGAGGUGAGAAAUCAGUGUAUUUCUGUGGUAAAAGGGUCGACAUAUUUCAGACUGCCCAUAGUUCAAGAGAAGACACUUUGUUGUGUAUUGGAAAUUUAGGAGGAAAAUCAGUUCAGUGGAAAUUUCAAGCGGCUUCAUCAACAAAGCUGUGUACAGCUUUCAUCGAACAAAUACGGAGGCUACGUAUGCAAAAACAGGUAGGAUUUUUGUCAGUAUAUUUACCGUUGAGCUAAUUUGGCUUUACCUUCCUCAUAAGUGAAGAACCCAGAAUCUUCAGCACUUCAUCAAGCCCCUCCGUUUAAUCUUUCGGACAUCACAAGGAACAUUCUCUGUUGAAAGACAAUCUUACUUGCUAGAUAUAUAAAAAAAACACCGAUUACAGUGGCUACAUAUCUUUAUUGGUAGCUGGGUUUUCGAAUCUGAGCGGAGGAAAUGGCGAUGGUGGCGCAACAGCACAGGGAGAGUAGCAGUAGUAGCUUCAGCAAGCAUCUUGACGCCGGAAAGUAUGUCCGAUACACGGCCGAGCAGGUUGAAGCCUUGGAAAGGGUCUAUGCGGAGUGUCCUAAGCCGAGUUCUUUACGUCGGCAGCAACUGGUUCGGGAAUGUUCCAUUUUGUCUAACAUUGAACCCAAACAGAUCAAAGUCUGGUUUCAGAAUCGCAGGUGUCGAGAGAAGCAGCGAAAAGAGUCUUCCCGACUUCAGACUGUGAACAGAAAAUUAAAUGCGAUGAACAAGCUGUUGAUGGAGGAGAAUGAUCGCCUGCAGAAACAGGUUUCACAGCUUGUGUGCGAAAAUGGGUUUAUGCGGCAUCAAUUGCAAAGUGCAUCAGCAGCUACUGAUGCAAGCUGUGAGUCUGUGAUUACCACUCCUCAGCAUUCUCUCCGAGAUGCAAAUAACCCUGCGGGUCUCCUUUCCAUUGCUGAAGAAACCCUGGCAGAGUUCCUUUCCAAGGCUACAGGAACUGCUGUCGAUUGGGUCCAGUUGCCUGGGAUGAAGCCUGGUCCGGAUUCGGUUGGGAUCUUCGCCAUUUCACACAGUUGUAGUGGAGUGGCAGCUCGAGCCUGUGGUCUUGUAAGUUUAGAGCCUCCAAAGAUUGCAGAGAUCCUUAAAGAUCGCCCAUCUUGGUUUCGGGACUGUCGGAGCCUUGAAGUUUUCACUAUGUUUCCUGCAGGAAAUGGAGGAACAAUUGAACUCGUAUACAUGCAGAUGUAUGCUCCAACUACACUGGCUCCUGCACGUGAUUUUUGGACUCUGAGAUACACCACAACUUUAGACAAUGGGAGUCUUGUGGUAUGUGAGAGAUCUCUGUCUGGUUCUGGUGCUGGCCCAGAUACAGCUACAGCGUCUCAGUUUGUGAGGGCCGAAGUGCUUCCAAGUGGGUAUUUGAUUCGACCAUGUGAGGGUGGAGGGUCAAUUAUUCAUAUAGUUGAUCACCUGAAUCUUGAGGCAUGGAGUGUGCCAGAGGUGCUGCGACCACUUUAUGAAUCGUCAAAAGUUGUUGCACAGAAGAGGACUAUUGCAGCACUGCGCUAUAUCCGGCAAAUAGCUCAGGAGACAAGUGGUGAGGUGGUAUAUGGUCUGGGCAGGCAACCUGCUGUUCUGCGAACGUUUAGCCAAAGAUUGAGCAGAGGCUUUAAUGAUGCUAUCAAUGGGUUUAAUGAUGAUGGCUGGUCAUUGAUGAACUGUGAUGGUGCUGAAGAUGUAAUAGUUGCAGUCAACUCAACCAAAAAUCUGGGAACCACUUCUAAUUCCCCCUGCUUGCUUGGAGGUGUAUUAUGUGCAAAGGCAUCUAUGCUACUCCAGAAUGUCCCCCCUGCAGUGCUAGUUCGCUUUCUAAGGGAGCACCGGUCGGAGUGGGCAGAUUUUAAUGUUGAUGCCUACUCUGCUGCUUCACUGAAAGCCAGUUCAUAUGCAUACCCAGGAAUGAGACCCACAAGAUUUACUGGAAGCCAAAUUAACAUGCCACUUGGUCACACAAUUGAACAUGAAGAGAUGCUUGAAGUAAUUCGGCUUGAAGGCCACUCUUUUGUUCAAGAAGAUAGUUUUAUCCCAAGAGAUAUUCAUCUCUUGCAGGUGUGUAGCGGGGUUGAUGAGCAUGCUGUGGGAGCCUGCUCUGAACUUUUUUUUGCUCCAAUUGAUGAAAUGUUUCCAGAUGAUGCUCUACUGCUACCCUCUGGUUUUCGCGUCAUUCCGUUGGAUUCAAAAUCAGGUGAUACUCAGGGUUCAUUGACUACCCAUCAGACCCUGGAUCUGACAUCCAGUCUUGAAGUGGGGCCAGCAACAAGCCAUGCUGCUGGGGAUGUGUCCUCGUGUUACACUGCGCGAUCAGUGUUGACUAUUGCUUUCCAGUUCCCUUUUGAAAACAAUCUACAGGAUAACAUUGCUAUAAUGGCUCGCCAGUAUGUCCGUAGUGUCAUUUCCUCUGUCCAGAGGGUUGCCACGGCCAUCUCUCCAACAGGAUUGAGCCCUACUGUGGGGUCGAAGUCAUCUCUAGGCUCUCCAGAAGCUGUAACACUAGCUCACUGGAUCUGCCAGAGUUACAGUUACCAUUUAGGGACAGAAUUGCUGAGACCUGAUGCUCUGGGCAGUGAAACAGAGUUGAAAAAUCUCUGGGAUCAUCAGGAUGCUAUAUUGUGUUGCUCAUUGAAGUCGCUGCCAGUUUUCAUAUUUGCAAACCAGUCUGGGCUUGACAUGCUGGAGACGACUCUAGUGGCUUUGCAGGAUAUCACAUUGGACAAGAUAUUUGACGAUUCUGGGCGAAAGGCAUUGUUUUCAGAAUUUGCUAACAUAAUGCAACAGGGAUUCGCUUACUUGCCUGGUGGAAUCUGCAUGUCUACAAUGGGGCGCCAUGUUUCAUAUGAACAAGCCAUUGUGUGGAAAGUCCUUGCUGCAGAAGAAAAUACUGUCCAUUGCCUCGCCAUCUCGUUCGUGAACUGGUCAUUUGUGUGAGUGUUAUUUUGUAAUUUUGUCCAACCCCCCUUUUUCUGCAGUAGAAAUGUUGAAAGCCCAAAAGAAAGGAAAAGAGGUGGGGCAAAAAUGGCAGGAAAAGGUUCCAUUACCUUUAUUUAACUCAAUUUGUGGAUGCUCCCAAAUUUUUGGUUUAUUAAUGUAAAUUUUUUUGGUGUUGAGGCUUCUUUCUUCAAUCAGAACUACAUAGAAAUGAAGUUGAGC